UGAAAUUUCCUCUCUUGGCACAAGCAACACGUAGAUCACGUGAUAUACCCCAACGCGUACACAACGCCAAACAACUCCGCGAUGAUGGAAGACGAGGGAGCACCCACAUUCGCUUGAACGAUGCGGUUAACCUCAACCAACAUACCCCUACACGCACGCAUACGCGCCAAUCCACUCAUAUAGACGAUGAAAGUCCACGUCAAACACUGGAGCGCAGUAGCGCAGUGGCGAUGGAAUACCGGGAACAACAACGAUGCAGCAGCUGACGACGAGGGUGAUGUAUGUGGGAUCUGUCGAAUCCCGUAUGAGGGAUGUUGUCCGGCGUGUAAAAUGCCUGGAGAUGAUUGUCCACUCAUAUGGGGACAGUGUAGUCACGUCUUUCACAUGCAUUGUCUACUUAAAUGGCUCGGAACGCCCGCAUCGAAACAGCAAUGUCCGAUGGACCGUCGACCAUGGGUCACCGCGGAACGAAAAGUAAAUAACAAUGUCGGGAACGCAGCAUGUUGACGCGCGCGCGCAUCGCUGUAUCAUAGAGAGCUCUUCUUGUCGUUAGGGUAGACACCAUCAUUGAUCUGUAUUGAUACAUGGUCAUUCGGCUGUUUCGUCGAGGAAGCAGAAGAAAUCAUUAAGAACGAA